GUCAGAAAUGGCUGUGGACCUUGAUGUGAGACUGUGAUAGGCCAUUGAAGCAGAUGGAAUCAUCCAGAGGAAAUCCUGGACAAUAACACAUAUUUAUUACAUAUAACACUCCAGUUAUAUUUAUUUAUUUAUUUAUUUAUUUAUUUUUCCUUAACCCCGAUGUGUCUUACUGACACGUCUGUAGCAUUAUCAUUUGUUCAUCUAUUGGAUAGUUGUCCAUUGUUUCAGGCAUAAAUGAUCAUUUUCCCAUAUAUGCCCAUGAAGUCCAUGUUUCAGCGCAGGCUUCAGAAAUUGAGGCACUUUAGAGGAGUCCAGCAGUCUGUGUUUAGGUAAUCUCGUCACUUUUAAAGCAUUCUACAUUUCGGUCAAGAUGGAGUCGUACCUUUUCCCCUUCGACAGUCUGAUAUGCAUGCUCCUGGGCAUCUCCUUAACCGUAUGGUGCACCCUUCUUCUGGUCUUCAUCAUCGUUCCUGCAAUCCUUGGCGUGUCCUUCGGCAUCCGCAGACUCUAUAUGAUGUCCCUGAUCAAGCUUUUUGAGUGGGCAACUUUAAGAAUGGAGCGAGGAGCCAGAGAGAAGAAUCAGCAUCUCUACAAACCCUACAGCAAUGGGAUCAUUGCAAAAGAACCAGCGUCUCUAGAGCAGGAGAUCCAGGAGAUGCGGCGUGGCGGUGCCGAGCCCGAGUUUGACAUGUCUGACAUCUUUCAUUUCUGUCGGCGCGGCGUGGAGAGCAUUGUAGAUGAUGAAGUGACCAAACGCUUUACAGCCGAGGAGCUGGAGUCCUGGAAUCUACUGACCCGGAGCAACUAUAACUUCCACCACAUCAGCACCAGGCUCACGGCGCUCUGGGGGGUCGGCGUCCUCAUCCGCUACGGCUUUCUGCUGCCGCUCAGGGUCACGCUUGCUUUCACCGGUGUGGGUCUUCUUGUGGUUCUGACGUCAAUCGUUGGCCUGUUUCCGAAUGGGAGGAUGAAGAAUUAUCUCAGUGAUAAGGUUCAUCUGAUGUGUUACCGGAUCUGUGUAAGAGCCCUCACGGCCAUCAUCACCUACCAUGACAGUGAGAAUAAACCCAAGAAUGGAGGAAUCUGUGUGGCCAAUCACACCUCACCCAUCGACGUCAUCAUCCUGGCCAGUGACGGAUGCUACGCAAUGGUCGGUCAGGUUCACGGUGGUCUGAUGGGGGUCAUUCAGAGGGCGAUGGUAAAAGCAUGUCCACACAUCUGGUUCGAGAGGUCGGAAGUGAAGGACCGACAUCUAGUGGCCAAACGAUUAAGUGACCAUGUUGCUGACGAAAGCAAACUGCCAAUCCUCAUAUUUCCAGAAGGAACCUGCAUCAACAACACUUCAGUCAUGAUGUUUAAGAAGGGCAGCUUUGAGAUUGGCUGUACGGUUUACCCAGUGGCCAUAAAGUAUGAUCCUCGUUUUGGUGACGCGUUCUGGAACAGCAGUAAGUUUGGGAUGGUGAAUUACCUGUUACACAUGAUGAGCAGCUGGGCCAUUGUGUGCAGCGUCUGGUACCUUCCACCAAUGAGCCGGAUGGAAGAUGAGGACGCUGUGCAGUUUGCCAACAGAGUCAAAGCAGCCAUUGCACGAAAAGGAGGACUAGCAGACCUGUUAUGGGACGGCGGGUUAAAGCGAGGGAAAGUCAAAGAGGUCUUCAAAGAGGAGCAGCAGAAGCUGUACAGUAAGGUGUUGGUGGGCAGCAGUGAAGACCGCAGUCGAUCCUGAAGGGCCGCCAAGUGUGUGUUUGACUUGACUGGUGCUGCUCCCAGCGAGAGCCCAGACCCUCAGCAGAGGCAGAGAGCGGUCCUCGACCGGCCCCUUCCUUAACCUGCAGACACAACAGAUGAUGUGGAGAGCUGCGCUGGAAAACAGGAGCUUCGCUGCACGACUGACCGGCUCUGGGGCUGAGAUUUACACCGACAUCAUACUUGAGUGAUUGUUUUUUGUUUGUUUGUUAUGGUUUUGAAUAUUUGUGCUCUGUUACUGUAAUGCAUGAUGUCCCGGGAGAGAUGGUGGAAGAGUUUGAGGUGAUUUAUUUAAGCUUGUAAAGUAAUAACAUUAAAAAUAAUAAGGGAUGUUGUGCGUAGAGGUGUAGUGUGGGUAGAACCAUGGAGAAAAACCGUGUCUGUCAAGUGUGUUUCUGCUCAGCGUUUCAGCUCCUCAUCAUGAUGGCCUCUCUAGUGUGCUGUGCUCUUUUUAAUAAAAUGGGUUUUUUUU